GAAGUUGCGCAGGUAACAGGCACGUAGUGGGAGAAUAUAGAACUACGAGUGGAAAUGACUUGAAAUGGUUUGAAGAUGUGUCUUAGCAUCUUCGUAACAUCCGAUACUAUUUUAUUUUAACGCUUGUAAUCAAUUAGGAUGAGUAAAGUAGAUGAUUUCGAUUAUCCAUAUGUGGACGACGUUACCAAAUAUGAGAGAAUCACCAAGAUUGGCCAGGGAACGUUCGGUGAAGUGUUCAAGGCAAGAGAUAAGAAAACAAAGAAACUUGUUGCUCUUAAAAAGAUUCUUAUGGACAAUGAGAAAGAAGGCUUUCCAAUCACCGCUUUAAGAGAAAUAAAGAUCCUGCAGCUGCUUUAUCAUGAGAAUGUAGUACAAUUGAUUGAGAUAUGUAGAACAAAAGCAACACAAUUCAAUCGUAACAAAAGUACCUUCUACUUGGUGUUUGAGUUCUGUGAGCAUGACUUAGCAGGCCUACUUAGCAAUUUUAAUGUAAAGUUUUCUCUCGGUGAGAUCAAGAAGGUAAUGCAGCAGCUGUUGAAUGGACUUUACUUCAUUCAUAGCAACAAGAUUUUGCAUCGGGAUAUGAAAGCUGCAAAUAUCCUCAUCACCAAAAACGGUCUGUUGAAAUUGGCCGAUUUUGGAUUGGCACGAGCAUUCAGCAUUCCUAAACCUCAACUACCUAAUAGAUACACAAAUCGUGUUGUUACGUUAUGGUACCGGCCACCAGAGCUACUGCUAGUGACUUGUGACUGCAAAGACAUGACACAUGAUACAUUUGAAUGA